AUGCCGUGCGGAUGGAGGGAGGCGCGGGGAGGGCAGGCACGGGAAGGGCAGGCGCGGGGAGGGGAGGUGCGGGGAGGGGAGGUGCGGGGAGGGAAGGUGCGGGGAGGGGAGGUGCGGGGAGGGGAGGUGCGGAGAGGGAAGGUGCGGGGAGGGGAGGUGCAGGGAGGGAACGUGCGGGGAGGGAAGGUGCGGGGAGGGGAGGUGCGGGGAGGGGAGUUGCGCGUGCGAGAGACAGACAGAUGGCAAGGUGCCUUGAUCCUCACCUGCCUCUCUCCCUGUCUCGCUUUCCCCUUUCCCCUUCCUCACCUGCCGUCCAAACAUCUCGCUCUAGACUUACCCGCCUCAAAUUCAGACCCGCCUCAAAUUUUCAACUGCCGUCCAGGCAUCUCGCCUUGCUCACCUGCCUUCCACAUAUCUCCUUUCCUCACCUGCCUUCCACAUAUCUCCUUUCCUCACCUGCCUUCCACAUAUCUCCUUUCCUCACCUGCCUUCCACAUAUCUCCUUUCCUCACCUGCCUUCCACAUAUCUCCUUUCCUCACCUGCCUUCCACAUAUCUCCUUUCCUCAUCUGCCUUCCACAUAUCUCCUUUCCUCACCUGCCUUCCACAUAUCUCCUUUCCUCACCUGCCUUCCACAUAUCUCCUUUCCUCACCUGCCUUCCACAUAUCUCCUUUCCUCACCUGCCUUCCACAUAUCUCCUUUCCUCACCUGCCUUCCACAUAUCUCCUUUCCUCACCUGCCUUCCACAUAUCUCCUUUCCUCACCUGCCUUCCACAUAUCUCCUUUCCUCACCUGCCUUCCACAUAUCUCCUUUCCUCACCUGCCUUCCACAUAUCUCCUUUCCUCACCUGCCUUCCACAUAUCUCCUUUCCUCACCUGCCUUCCACAUAUCUCCUUUCCUCACCUGCCUUCCACAUAUCUCCUUUCCUCACCUGCCUUCCACAUAUCUCCUUUCCUCACCUGCCUUCCACAUAUCUCCUUUCCUCACCUGCCUUCCACAUAUCUCCUUUCCUCACCUGCCUUCCACAUAUCUCCUUUCCUCACCUGCCUUCCACAUAUCUCCUUUCCUCACCUGCCUUCCACAUAUCUCCUUUCCUCACCUGCCUUCCACAUAUCUCCUUUCCUCACCUGCCUUCCACAUAUCUCCUUUCCUCACCUGCCUUCCACAUAUCUCCUUUCCUCACCUGCCUUCCACAUAUCUCCUUUCCUCACCUGCCUUCCACAUAUCUCCUUUCCUCACCUGCCUUCCACAUAUCUCCUUUCCUCACCUGCCUUCCACAUAUCCCCUUUCCUCACCUGCCUUCCACAUAUCUCCUUUCCUCACCUGCCUUCCACAUAUCUCCUUUCCUCACCUGCCUUCCACAUAUCUCCUUUCCUCACCUGCCUUCCACAUAUCUCCUUUCCUCACCUGCCUUCCACAUAUCUCCUUUCCUCACCUGCCUUCCACAUAUCUCCUUUCUUCACCUGCCUUCCACAUAUCUCCUUUCCUCACCUGCCUUCCACAUAUCUCCCUUCCUCACCUGCCUUCCACAUAUCUCCCUUCCUCACCUGCCUUCCACAUAUCUCCCUUCCUCACCUGCCUUCCACAUAUCUCCCUUCCUCACCUGCCGUCCAAACAUCUCGCCCGUGACUCGUUUCGAGGCAGCAGGUACAGCUGAGCCACACUCUCUCCGCCUGAAGCCUCCCCCCAACCUCCACCCCCUCCACCUCCACUCCCUCCCGACCCCCCACCGCCGCCCACUCCUCUCCCUCCACCACUCCCGCUGCUGCUGCUGCUCUUCCCCCUGUCCCCCGUCACAGGGGGCUUAG